UAAAUCGUUGGGUUUUUUUGAUUUUUGGCCCCAAAGCGCACCCCCGGCACAGCGCAGCGCCGAGCGGGACCGCGAGGAGUGAGCGCGGACGCGGAGGUGGGGAGCGGCCCCGGUCCGGUCCCGGGUUAAUCGGUAACGCGGAGCAAGCCCGGGUGGAAAAUGCGCCGCGCUCCGGGCUCGGGGGAGGAGAUGGUGCCGUGCCCCCGGCCGCUCUGAGCGCCGAGCCGACGCCGAGGUGUGUGUGGUUUGGGGCUUGGGUUUUUUUUUUUUUUUUUUUUUUUUUGUGAUUUUUGCCUUUUUUGUUGUUUUUGCCUUUUUUUUCUCCGAUUUUUUUCCUGCUUUCACAAGAAGGAAAAGAAAACGUUCCCAAGAUUCUCAGAUGGCUUAGACAAAUUAAUAAUAAUCUGUGAAAAUACGAAGUCGACCGGUUCUUGAUUUCCCCCUUCCCUCCCCUCUAGCUCCCCAGCCCACUGCUGAGAUUGAGCUAAAAGGACCUGUUUCCUGGAGGACAAGGAGAACAGACACGUUUCUGGUGGUGUAGAAGGGACCGAUGGCAAUGCUUCAGAGUGUAGCGGAGACGCAGGACAGAGAUUCAACCUGUUAACAAAAAAAAUUAAGCAGGGGGAGAAUAUCAACGGGAAGGAAAGAUUUAAUACAUAUAUAUAUACGUAUAUAUAUAUAUACAGUUUAGAAGUAUUCCCCAGGUGGCCACAAAGCAUGGGCUGUGUUCCAAGCACCAACCUCUCUGACAGCAGAGUGAUCUGUCACAGUAGCAAUGAGUCUGAGGAGUACCAUUUCCCUCACCAGACCAACACAACCAUGUCUCAACAGCAGCAAGGCAACCCCGUCCCAGGAUUAUUCAUUAAAUGCUACAACACAUCCACUUAUGAGGCGAGGACUAAUUCCUCUAAGAAAGACAAGAGGGAGAGCAGCCAGAGCAUGGAGGCAGAGGCCCAGACCGGCAGACCCAAUGCUAAGGCACCAGUAACAGAUGUGCAGUUUGGCCCUAUGAGACUUCAUCAAGAUCAACUUCAGGUACUUUUGGUGUUUGCUGAGGAGGACGAGCAGAGCAGCGGGUUCCGCUGGGCGUGUGACAAGGCUGGAUUCCGCUGCAACCUUGCCAGGACACCCCAGUCUGCACUGGAAUGUUUUCUAGAUAAGCACCAUGACAUUAUCAUCAUUGACCAUAGGCAUUCCAGAUACUUUGAUGCAGAAGCAUUAUGCAGGUCUAUCAGAACAACAAAAGCCUCAGAAAACACAGUCAUUAUUUGUGUAGUACAAAGGCACCCUGAUCGUGAGGAGUCAUCCAUCUUGCCCCUGAUCUCUGCUGGCUUCACAAGGAGAUAUGUAGAAAAUUCUAGUAGAAUGGCCUGUUACAAUGAGUUGAUUCAGCUGGAAUUUGGACAGGUGCAGGCACAAUUCAAACUAAGGGCAUGUAAUUCAUUAUUUACAGCAUUAGAGAAAAGUCAAGAAGCCAUUGAGAUCACAAGUGAAGACCAUGUAAUACAGUACGUCAAUCCUGCUUUUGAAACAAUGAUGGGCUAUCAAAUAGGUGAACUAAUAGAAAAGGAAUUAACAGAAGUGCCUAUAAAUGAAAAAAAAGCUGAUUUCCUAGAUACUAUUAAUUCCUGCAUAAAGAUAGGAAAGGAAUGGCAAGGAAUGUACUAUGCGAAAAAGAAAAAUGGAGAUAGCAUACAACAAAAUGUGAAGAUACUACCUGUCAUUGGACAGGGAGGAAAGAUUAGACACUAUGUGUCAAUUAGUAGACUGUGCAAUGACAACAAUAAGGUGGAGAAGACAUGUGAAUGUAUUCAGGCUGAAUCUCAGACAGAUACUCAGACUUGCAGACACAAAGACAUGAGGAAAGGAUCCCUGGAUGUCAGAUCCACAACAUCUCGUGGGAGUGAUGGCAGCUCCCAGCGGCGCCGCUCCUCCAUGGCCAGGGUCCAUUCCAUGACUAUCGAGGCUCCCAUCACCAAGGUAAUAAACAUCAUUAAUGCUGCACAAGAGAGCAGUCCCUUGCCAGUUGCAGAAGCUUUAGACCGGGCUUUGGAGAUUUUAAGAACCACUGAAUUGUACUCUCCACAACUGGGGACAAAAGAUGAAGAUCCACACACAAGUGACCUUGUUGGAGGGUUAAUGACAGAUGGUUUACGAAGAUUAUCAGGGAACGAAUACAUAUUGUCAGCAAAACAAACUCAUCAGGUUGCUGGCAGUCUGAGCUCUCCAAUCUCCCUCAAUGACAUACCCCCACGGAUAACAGAGGCAAUGGAAAAUGAGGAACAGUGGGAUUUUGAUAUCUUUGAACUUGAGGCUGCCACCCAUAAAAGGCCUUUGGUUUAUCUGGGUCUCAAAAUAUUUGCUCGCUUUGGAAUCUGUGAAUUCCUAAACUGUUCAGAAUCCACUCUGAGGUCAUGGUUACAAGUUAUUGAGGCUAACUACCAUUCCUCCAACUCCUACCACAAUUCCACUCAUUCAGCAGAUGUACUACAUGCUACUGCCUACUUCUUGUCUAAAGAGAGAGUAAAGCAAACCCUGGAUCCGAUUGACGAGGUUGCCGCGCUCAUUGCUGCCACAGUGCACGAUGUGGAUCACCCAGGAAGGACAAACUCCUUCCUGUGCAACGCUGGCAGCGAGCUCGCCAUCCUCUACAACGACACGGCCGUGCUGGAGAGCCACCACGCUGCCCUGGCUUUCCAGCUCACCACCCGGGAUGGGAAAUGCAACAUCUUCAAAAACAUGGAGAGGAAUGAGUAUCGAACCCUUCGCCAAGUCAUUAUUGACAUGGUCUUAGCAACAGAAAUGACAAAGCACUUUGAGCAUGUCAACAAGUUUGUCAACAGCAUUAAUAAACCCUUGGCAGCACUAGAAGAAAAUGGGAAUAAUGGUGAUGGAGAGUCAAUCAAAACUGUUCUCAGGUCUCCUGAAAACCGUAUCCUUAUCAAACGCAUGUUGAUAAAGUGUGCUGACAUUUCCAACCCGUGCAGACCCAGAGAACAGUGCAUAGAGUGGGCUGGACGCAUCUCUGAGGAGUACUUUGCACAGACUGAUGAAGAAAGGAGGCAAGGUUUACCAGUUGUGAUGCCAGUUUUUGACAGAAAUACUUGCAGCAUCCCCAAAUCCCAAUUAUCAUUCAUUGAUUACUUCAUUAUUGAUAUGUUUGAUGCCUGGGAUGCAUUUGCCGACCUGCCAAAUCUGAUGGAGCAUCUGAAUAAUAACAUUAAAUACUGGAAAGGACUGGAUGGAAGGAACCUGCGAGUCCUCCGACCACCACCAGAAUAGCAGUUAGACCAUGGGGUGUCAUUCACUAGCCAGAUGCAUAUUUAUUCAAGCUCACUUUUAUCUGUGUGAAUUCAGAUUUGUUUUGGUCUCUUCAGUAUUACAGUAAAGCUAGCCCAUGCACUUGGGGAACUUUCACAUGCAAGAGAACACGAGGUCAGCAGUUGACUUCCCAAAGUCCCAUGUGUGGACUCGGAUGAAAUAAGCCCACCAAGUGGAAUUACACUGGAUUGCUGCAGUACUUGUACUGAAGAGGGUUUAUUACGAACAUACUUCUGUGAUAUCUUCAUACCAGCACGUGAAGCUGGAAGACCUUGAAGAGAAUCCUCAUAAAAAGGACAUUCACUAGAAGUUUUAUCUAUUAAUAGAGACUCACAGCUUUUAUGAGAAAGCUACAUGCUUUUUAUAAGCACUUCAGACAGUUAUGUAGAACAAUCAGACAUUUAAAAUGCAACUGUCUAUGAAAGAAUUUUUUGAUCUAUGAAAAAUAGAUGUACUGUAUUUUUUCACAUCACAGAAGGUGCAAUCAUUCACUUCUGAGCACUACUGAAAGUGAGUUCUCCUUAAGAAAUUUAGUAGCAAAUGUAAAAAAUAACACAAGAAUUUUUGAGGUUGAUCGUUAGCAUCUAUGAUUAAAAUGUUAUGUUUUAUUUAUUUUGUUAGAUGUUCAAUAUUUUCUAUGAAUUUAUAAAUACUUAAAAGCCAAAGCCAACUUUAGAUGCAUUAUAAAUUUACAUGAUUCAUACUCAUUAAUAUACAUUUAAUUGAUGUACAGACCUUUUAUUUUCAUAAUGCAAAUACAAAAUACUAUACAAUGAUACAUUUUUAUUGCACUGUAAGGAUAGAUGUGUAUGUUUAAAUAUUGUCUGAUUUAUGUUAAUUAAAAUAAGUUUUAUUAAAAAGGUCUCAGUUGAGAAUAGUAGAAUAAACAAGAACUGUAUACUGUCUGAGCACCAGAACUGCAGUAGUUCUCCCACAAACCAGUGAGGACCACCUGAUCUUCUCUUGGCUACAAAAAUAAUAAUGUGUUGGAACUCUUUGUUUUCUCCCAUGACAUUUUAUGACUGAACUCCCUGUUAAAGUCUGCCUUAUUUUAUAUAGUAUUUCUACAAAGCAUUCCACAGCAUAUAUGAAGAGGUGAUACUAAGCAUCUAAUGAAUUUCAACAUUUUAUAGCCAAUGUAUUCUCCUCUGCUGAAAAAGAAAAAGAACAUUAAGCCACCAACACAAACCUUCAACUCAAGAAGUUUGUAAAGGCUGUGUACCUUCACAAUUUGAAUGAAACCUUCAUAGCAACUACCAGAAAAUAAUAAAAUGUAUAUUUUAAGAAGUGUCAAGUCCUACCCAUUUCAUUUGAAAUGUAUAUGCACUUUGUAGUUUGCAGACUAACAAACCCAUGAAAUUCUUUUAAAAAUAACUAAGAUCCUUUUUGUCUGGGGAAGGGAAAAGUUGAGGGGGUUGAAUGGCAUAUGGGUGAUGAAGGGUGUAGCUGGCAAGCCCCUGUGUCUGUGGUCUGCCCUUGGUAAGCCCAUCAGACCCUUGUGAACCCUUGGACAAGUCUCUUUGCAGCUCCAUGCAGUGCCACGCUGUGUUCUACUGGAGGACUCAAGGAGUAUCCUGUCAGCCUUCCCAGCCAACAGAAAGGCAUCCAAAGGCACUGAAAGGGCUGCUGACUGUUGUUCCUGCAGAGGAAUUGACUUUAGAGACAUUUGGAACCAUUUCUGAAGAAGCAGAAUCUGGGUAGAGGUGGAUGAUGGAGCAGUUCAGGGACUGCAGUAGCAGCCUUAAGGCUCCUGUGUCUCCACUAGAGGAAAACUGCAUCACACCAUCAAGGUCUCCUCUGCUUAUCUGCUGCAGUAAGGAUAGAAGAGGAAGUGUGGGCAUGAGCAUGUGGGCCUAGAGACUUGUUUGCAGGCCCUUUGUUCCCGGCUCCAGCACUGGGUGAGGAGGGACACUGGACAUGCCUUGGAUUAUGGUAACCGGUUUGAAAACUGUUUUCAGCCUCAGAAAUCUGUGUGAAACCAGUGUGGCCUUCUGAAAGGGCUUCACGCGAUGCCCUCCAGUGGCAACAAUGUGAAUUUGAAAUCACAGGGAAACUGGGGAAAGGGAUUCUUCUGGCCUGAAGGGGUUUGGGCAGCCUGGCAGAGUCCCCAGUUAGCUGCUGGGGGAGGAUGGUUGGGGGUGCCCUGUCCUUUGGCAGUUCCUGAUGCUGCAAGUCCUGCAGGGAUGCAUGGAUCACUGUUGCACAUGAGGACUGCCUGUGGGCUUCAGCUGGCCAAAACCAGAGCCUCAGGCAUGAGCUUCUGUCCUUUGCAGAGGAUGGAUUUUACUGUGUGCCAGUAAAUGCCCAUAAGGAAAAGGAACAAGGAGGAAAAAGACCCAACAGAUACUUCUGUCACUGCCUUAGCAGUCCUGUGCCAUGCCUGGUGAUGACUAUGGGGCCGUUCUCCUGAGCAGAGAGAGACAUUCUCCUGUGCUCAGCCACUGGCAGCACAACAACAGAACUGUUUGGUACCUGUGUGUGGAGUCCCACUGCAGGGGUGUCUGAGCACCUUGAAUUUGGCUCAGAAAAUCUGCCCUUGCACUGUCCAGUGAGAGGGUUAUGAAGUCCUGGGGACCUGCCAGUUCAGAUCACCAACUGGAAAGUAUUUGCCAGGUUACAGCUAUGGUUUAAACACUUCAGGUGAAAGCUGGUGGUGGGUAGUGGAAUCAUGGGUUCACCAGCAGCCUUUGUGCAUUAGAGGCUCUGUUGGGAGGUUCAGAUGUCCUCAUACCUCUGCUCUGAUGCCUGUGUGUUACACUCUUUCAGGUAUCUAAGAGUGGGGCUCUCAGUUUUUGGCUGAUAGGGGUAAAACAUGUUCCAGUAGGUAGAAGUUGGCCCCAGAGUCAAGGAAUAAUUUUUAAGCAAAGAAUGGUGCUAUCUCAGCACUUCCAUCCCCUGCACAGGAGCUGUACCCUAGAGCUGCUGUUCCCAUGGCCAGGCCAUGCCAGCCUCAGCAGGGCACACAUGGCCACAGGCUGCUCUGCUCACUGGCAGACCAGGCAACUGAAAGUCUCUGGCCUGCCUACAGCAGGUGUGACAAAGUGACCAUAACAACCUUUUCUGCCCUGAAAAUACCUUCAUUCCUGGUAGGUUGAGAAAUGAUGCUGUGCUGGUAUAGCUCAGUGUUGCUAAACCCAUCUUCUGAGGCUUUUGAAACAGAUAUCCAAGAGCAGCUGGUACUAAUCACUGCUGUAGUGACAUAGUCAGCUCCUGUUUUUGUGGUUUCUAAAGGCCUGUUUUGGUAAGACUUUAAAAGCUGUUUGAGAAAGAACAGACAAGCUUUUGAUACACAGUUCUAUGUAAAAUCUCUUUAGUUUUGCCAAUGGCAUUUAUUUGUAGAGACCCUGCAUAUUGUAGAGGCCACUGCUUGUUCCUGGUGAUUCCCUAGAAUGGAAACUUGAACCAAUGAUUUUUGUAAUCAAUGUGCAAUAAAUCUGUGGAAAAGC